AUGCUUUUUAGGAUAUCCGUUCCACAAAGGGGCGACUGGAUACGUGCCUACACCGGGAUUCUCAUUUUUGCUCUAAACGUCGGAAGGGUACACAUGGCACCCACGCUACCAGGGGAUCACCAGCAAAUUUCUCCGGCCAACCUGACAAUUUUCCAUUUUGCAGCAAGUAACUAUUCGGCUACUCCGGUACCCUCGGCCGUUCCUAAUGCUACCUUUCCAGUAUACAUACCCCCAUUCAAUAGCUCUCGCUCAAUGAUCACCAAUGAAGAGUCCUGUGCCAACUGCACUAGAAAUGGUACAGAUCUGAAGGGAACGGAGCCCCGGAUCAAAGUAGGGCCCCUCCAAAACGAUACCAGCCCUAAUCCCAUCAAAAAGGAAGUCCAUCCAAGUUUUUUCUAUAAGAGGGGUAAGAUGAACAUUGUAUGCGCCCCGCCGAAGGUAGUAAUGGAUAUAGAGCCUCAUGAGAACUCACUUAACUUCCCGUUUGAACGUUGGCCCCGUUGGAAGAAAGAGUAUUAUGAUAAGUCGAGAGCUCUUGUGGACAUCGAGGUUUUCCAGAGGUAUUGCAGACAGUUGUGUGAGUGCAAUGAUGAAGGUGCUAUAGUCCCACGUGCCAGAUACGGCGUCAAUCAGGCUUGCGGUAGGCAGUGGCAGGCAAACAGGUGCUUCAUCGUCCUCGGGUGUUAUUGCACAGCUGAACUUGUUCAGCCAGUUGUGGAGGGAGACGCAGCAACUAUUGAAGAGUACCAAGCUGCCUUAGAUCGUAUCCCACAAACUGUUCGAAACGAUAACCCAGAUUACUUCUGGCGUAUGAAUGGUCUUGGACGUCGCCCCUGGGAAGUUAUGACUUGGGUGCCUUCUGAGAUGGAUAUUGAGAUGGCUUAUAGGCCCCGCAUGGCUGUGGACGGAUCCGGGCCGGAGCCAGAACCUCCGCUAGUACCAGAAUCAGAGCCAGGGAUACCACUUUCAGGACCAGAACCGUUUGUUCCACCCCUCGUAACUUACCCGGUUGCAAGGCCAGUAGGUCGUUAUUGGAGGGGCUUGAGAUUUGGGCACUUUGGAGCCUACGGGGAUCCUGCGCCAUACAAGCAACCAUGGAUGAAGAAAAGAGAUAUUUCUGAUGAAUCUAGUGGUACUGGUUCUAGUAUGCAGGAUGAAUCGGAAAUCACCCGUGGUCCAUGA